CUUUCUCUCCCUCUCUCUCUCUCUCUCUCUCUCUCUCUCUCCCCCCGCUCUUCAUCCCCGGUGUUUCAUAUUCCAUUCUCCGCGACAUGACGCGUUGAUGAUCUACACGCUGCAGCGUAGAACCAACAGCGGCGAUAGUGCUCGUUUGGGACUGGAAACCACCACCGCCGCCGCCGCCGGUGGUGGUCCGUUACGAGAUCAAUUCAAUUCUCGAGGAAUAUCCUUGAAGCGUCUUUCGAAAGCUCUAUGUGCGUCAGUGCGCGAUUAAGAAUCGCGAGGAAAACUGUGCCAGGCGUCGUAGUCCUGGUCGAUACGUCAAGGACGACGAUAAUGUAAAUUCCAGUUCGAAGAACCGGUUCGCUUUGGAAAAGACCUGGUCUGUCCUGAUGAGAGGGAAGAUGGCACACUCGAAGGGUUCCGCGUGGAGGAUAUCGCCUCGGUGAUUUCAAUCGGCAGAACGAGCUCUCCGAAGAUCGGAGUGAUCAGGGUGAAAUCGGAGUAAUCAGGGAGCAUGAGAGUGUUAUGGUAAAGGUAGUUCUCGACGGGAGAGGCAAAUGGAGAUAAGAGGAGAGAAAGCGGAGGUAUUUUGACAGCCUCGGCACUUGUCCCGGGAAUGCCUCGAAUGCCUGUGUUGGUACUCCUCGGUAGCUGGGGCUGGGGAUUUUUCGCCAUAUUCCUCCUGCUUCUGGCCACCCCCAGUCCCGCUGCCGUUCGCAGAGCGGACCGAGGCCACUGCAACAAGACAGUGGACAUUUACGAAGAUGUGUCGAGCCCGGCGGUGACCCCAGCAAAUUGGGGUAAGCCCCUCUCGUGCUGGUACCGUUUCCGUGCCUUUCGCGGAACACCCCGGGACUGGAUUCUGCGGGUGCGCUUCAAGAAGUUUAAAGUCGGAGUGCUGGAGAACGCUACUACCUGCAGCGGCGGUUAUCUGCAGAUCAUAGACGGCAACACGAAGACAGAGGUGAGCAAUCGCAAGGACCCGGGCGUCUACUGCGGCGAGUCCGAGCAGCCGCAGACCUUCAUCAGUGAGACCAGCUUCGUGCGGGUGAUCUUCCACGCGGACAACUUCACCGAUCAGACGUAUUUCAGUUUUGAUUCGCGUGCCGAGCCGCAGUUCGAGGUGUACCUCAGAUACGGCCAACACCCGGAACUCUAUCCGAAUCGUCGCGGCGAGGUCGUACCAGGCAGUUACUGCGAGCGCGUCUUCAAGGACUGCCGGCUGCAAACGUGCUACGUACAGAGCCCGGCUUAUCCCGGGAUUUAUCCGCGCGCGUUGCACUGCAAAUAUCGUCUGAACACCCGACUGCCCUUCAUCAAGCUCUACAUCGAGAACGAGGAGUUCAACAUCGACGGUCAACGUUGCGAGAAUAUCAUGACGUGUCCGAUGCGGCCGAUCAGUUCCGGCUCGGAGCACUGCCCGUACGAUUAUAUACGCGUGUACGACGGUAAGAAUGAGAGUAGCCCGGUGAUCGGCACUUUCUGCGGUAUGGGCAAAUUCCCGUACAGCAUCAUUGGCACCAGUGAGGAUCUUUACGUCGAGUUCGUGUCGUCGCCGGCUGGCCCGUUGCUCAACACCGGUUUUCACUUCAACGUGGGCAACUGGCCCGGUCACGUAGAGACCGCGGGUGUUAAAAACGGCAGUUGCGACUGGCUGCUGAACAGCGAAUCUCUCGUGAGUGGUAACGAGGGUAUCUUUCUAUCGGUCGCGCACUGGUACCCGCCACACACCAGUUGCACCUAUUUGCUACGCGGUCGACCCGGCGAGAUCGCUCGUCUUUAUUUCCCCAGCUUUCGCGUGAACCGUAUCGAGUCGCCGAUUCAGCCCUACGACGGCGAUUGCGGUGAGAGCCUGACGCUCUACGACGCCGACUGGCCGGACGAUGCUCGUAUCAUCAAGACCUUCUGCGACACUUUCAGCAAACCGAUGGAGAAGCACGACUUCGUCUCGACGUCGAACGCUCUGUUCGUGCGAUUCGAAAGUAAAACUGGCAGUUACUCCGGCAGCUCGCUCUAUUACUGGGCUCAUUAUGACUUCUUCAACGCGACGAGAUUUGGCGAACCCACGCCCGGUACCGAGUGCGACGAAGUAUUCGCGUCGUGGAAGACGCGCUCGGGCCGUCUACGGUCGCCGUUGAACACUUUGGUUUACAAACGACCGGGCGACCCACCCGCUGAUCUGUCCUGCACCUACAGCUUCGUCACGGACAAGCGGCUGUACGCGCGCGUCAUUCUCGUGAUAGAGUCAAUUAACUUCAAGGAGCAUCCGUACGCUCAAUGCGGCCAUUGCUGGGACAGUCGAGUGGAUCGGGUGAUCAUUCGGGAACCUAAUCCGGAUGGUAUCAAGGCGCACUGCCUUUGUCGGAUCAACAACAACGGCACUCCGGCGCCCACGAGCUCGUCGCCGGCACCGCGGCCGCCUGUUCUCAGAGUCGUCUCCCGGGGCGAGAGGUUGGAUCUGAAGCUGCUGGUGGACGGUGCGCACGCGGCGUCGAGUUAUUUCAAGUGGCCCGCGCCGCUCUUCGAGGCGAGAUACGAGUUCGCGCAUAGCCCUUUAUGCGGACCGGCGCUUCUGCCACCCGCCACCGACGGCGAGAUCGAGUUUCCGCAUUACGAGGCACUGGGAUACGUCACGCCACCCAGGACCAUCAAAUGUAUCUGGGAGUUGCGGGUGAACCGUGAGCGGGAUCUCUGGCUGCACUUUGACAAGAUCAAAUUCGCAUCGCGCUCCUGCGAGGACGGCAAGCUCGAGAUCUUCCUGCCGGGCAGUGCCGUGCCGUAUCUCGGUAUCUGCGGUGAGAACGUCAGCUACGUGAGAGAGAUGCCAAUCAUCUCAGCGGCGCGUAUCGCGCCGCCGAUAGAUCAUCAGGCGCCGGGCGGCGAUGUCGUCGAGGAAUCGCCGGCUGUGAUCAUACAGUUUACCGGGUCCAUGGCGCCAGCCAGGGCGGCCUUCAAGAUCGCAUGGACUGAGCUCUUUCAUCUACCGAGGGACGGAUCCGGGGCUCUCAACACCGGGAAACUGGAGGACUGCGGCUUCCAGUGUCCCGGCGACGCGGGAUGCAUUCCGUUGAGAUUGGUGUGCAACGGCGUGGUCAACUGUCCCAGUCGCAGCUUGCCCCUGCCGGGUAUCCUGAAUGGCACCUUUUACGAGCCGGACGACGAGUCGGUGGAGACGUGCGGUGGUCCCGUCAGUGGUAAUGGCGGCGGUUUCGCUGGACCCGCCGGCUGGGCUGGCGCAGGUUUGGGCGCCGGUCUCGCCAUUCUUCUGGGUCUCGCGUGUUUCAUCGCCAUGUGCAGGCUUUGCAGAGGACGAUCGCGCUCCAGGGACAUACACGUGCCCUAUUAAGAGGCGCGAUCGUGCCUCUACUUCUGCGGGUAUACGCACAAAUUCGGAGAACACAGAGGUCUAAGAAACGAAUUUAUCACCUAAUUAACAUUCUUUCUUUAUACUCGCAUGUACGUACGUUUGUAUACAUACGUAGAUGCAUAAACGUCUAAUGUAAUAAAUCUUUAUUCCUGGAGAAACACUGCAAAUAUAACGAUGCGAGAGAGAAAGAAAGAGAGAGAGAGAGAGAGAGAUGUUCUUGUGGCGUUUGAACUUUUUAAACGUCCCUCAAAUGUCUUUCAGCCGCAUUAGCAUUGCUAAUUUUGGUUAAAUAAAUUGUAUGUCUCUAACUAUAUCAUAGAUAAGAUUGUAAUCUAGAGAAGAAUAGAGUCCCUAAGGCAAGCUUAUUUAACCUGUCGAGACCGUCGGUGCCCUUGUGUUUCAGACCUCUGUGUUGUUUGAAAAAAAUCGAUAGAAAUGGUUCUCCUUCUCAAGCCUCAUCGAGGUGUGUCGGAAGAUGUUUUUCCAUACUGCUCCAAACGACAGAUCCGACAAAUUACAAAUAAUUCUCUCAAUGUGAUGCUUCCGGGUCUAAUGAACGUCGAGUUUGCUCGACGAUUAAUUGCGUGAGAGACUCUUGAUUCCGGAUCUUUACUACUCUGUUGUAUCGCGGUGUUCAAGUUAUUACACUACCGUCUCUGUCAACGCCAAUCGCCCACCCCACGUUCAUUACACUCUGUCGGUCUUCUAUAGUUACACUCUUUACGGAACUCUAAUGAUCCAUACAUUAUCCUUCUCUUACAGCGACGACGAAAUUCUAAGCAAAACUGUAUUUGCCACUGCCGCGUUAUACACUCGUCGUAUUGUCAUCGCGUCUUCUCUACGCACACUGCCAUAGACAUAGAACUUCAUGCAUAGCUCUCUCAUCUCGAUCGUUCUCAUACGAUGUCAUACGUCGUUUGCGAGAACUGUCGUAGACUUGUAGCGAUCGGAUUAUUUCUGUCGCUGAUUGUACGAGCGGCGAUAGCUUCAUUUCUAGCGAUAGCAAGACAUCUACGAGACAGUAGCUUCAACGAUACGUAGAAAAUGUUUUUAUACUUUUAUUAUAUCUCGUUUCCUCUAAUCUAAUUAUAGAAUCUUAUCGAUAAUCAGCAUCGAAGUAUCUGACAAUAAUGAGUUCGAAACGCAAAAGGAAAAAAAGAAAGAUUAUACGUGAAUUAGAUUAUACGU